AUGGAAGACGAAUCUGAAUUUCACCUAUUUACUCGUUGCCAUUUAGCUAGAAGUUGCUGGGAUACUGUUGGAAAUGUUGAUUAUAACUCUAGCAAUUCCCUCCUUGACUGGCUUGAACUCAACUUCAAUACAAAGGCUGACAAUGAUCUUUGCUUGCUUAUCUCUAUUUGUUGGAAAAUAUGGGAAGCUAGGAAUGAGAAAAUAUGGAAUCAAAAAAUCUUUAAUGCCUCUCAUAUCUGUUUAUCUGCUGCUAAUCUGUUAUCUGAGUGGAACACUGCCAACUUACCUAUGAAUUUUUCCAGGAUCCCUGCUACACUUACAAAGUGGACUAGUCCUCCCACACUCAUGUAUAAGCUCAACGUGGAUGCUGCUCUUGAUAUCAACAACAAACGUAUGGGUUUUGGCUUUGCAUUGCGGGAUUCUACUGGUGCCCUUGUUGCAGCUCGAAGUGCUCCUUACUUCAGAUUAUUUAUGCCAAAUGAAGCAGAAGCUAUGGGUGUCAAAGAAGCUCUGAAAUGGGUGAAGUCAAUGAACAUGGACAAUCUGCAGGUUGAAAGUGACUGUCUCCAAGUGAUAAAUGGAAUCAACUCAGAUCUUACUAUUUCCUCUUUUGAUCUUAUUUUAAACGAUGUUAGAAAACUAGCUAGUUGUUUCACAAACAUAUGCUUUUUGUUUGUUAAGCGUUCAGCGAAUAGGGUUGCCCAUAUUCUUGCAAGGGAAGCCCUUUCUUUGUCUGAGUGCUCGGAUUGUUAUUCUGUUCCUUUCCCUUCCAUCGCUCGUGCUUUGAGCAUGGAUCUUACUUAA